UCUCUUCAGGCAACCUGUAUGGUGGAUAUAAUAUUCAGCUCUUCUUUUUUGGAUGAUAUGGGGGAUCAUUCCAAAAAGAAGUCCGGACUUGCGAUGUGUGUAGGCUGCGGCAGUCAGAUCCAUGACCAGUAUAUUCUGCGUGUCUCCCCUGACCUGGAGUGGCAUGCAGCCUGUUUGAAAUGCGUGGAGUGCAACCAAUACCUGGACGAGAAGUGCACUUGCUUCGUACGGGACGGGAAAACGUACUGCAAGAGAGAUUAUGUAAGACUGUUCGGUAUAAAAUGCGCAAAAUGCACUUUGGGCUUCAGCAGCAGUGAUUUGGUCAUGAGAGCUCGGGACAGUGUGUAUCACAUCGAGUGUUUCCGCUGCUCGGUGUGUAGCCGGCAGCUUUUGCCCGGGGACGAGUUCUCCGUCCGGGACGAGGAACUGUUGUGUCGAGCAGAUCAUGGUCUGGCCCUGGAGCGCGGAUCAGGCAGCAGCCCUCUCAGUCCGGGACACAUCAAAAGCAGAGGACUGCAUAUGGCAGCUGAUCCUGUGUCGGUCCGGCAAACUCCUCAUCGGAACCACAUGCACAAGCAAUCGGAGAAGACCACUCGGGUGAGGACGGUGUUAAACGAAAAGCAGCUACACACUUUACGGACGUGCUACAAUGCAAACCCGAGACCAGAUGCGCUCAUGAAGGAGCAGCUGGUGGAGAUGACAGGCCUGAGCCCGCGGGUCAUUCGAGUCUGGUUCCAAAACAAGCGCUGCAAGGACAAGAAGAGAUCUAUCCUCAUGAAACAGAUACAACAGCAACAUGGCGAUAAGACCAAUCUGCAGGGCAUGACGGGCACUGCGCUGGUUGCAGGCAGCCCAGUUCGACACAACCCCUCAGUGCCAGGACACCCGGUGGAAGUGCAGACUUACCAACCACCCUGGAAAGCUCUCAGCGAAUUUGCACUUCAGAGUGACUUAGAUCAACCUGCCUUUCAACAGCUGGUCUCUUUCUCGGAAUCCGGUUCUUUAGGAAACUCAUCUGGCAGCGACGUGACGUCUCUUUCUUCACAGUUACCGGACACACCGAACAGCAUGGUACCGAGCCCGGUGGAGACGUGAGAGCGACUGCUCGUCUGUUCCCCGGGAAAUCAUGAGAACAGCUCAUAUCAAGGACGCGGGAAAUUCCAUGACCAUCACCGGACAGCGCCAUCAGACAUAGGCUAUAGCAAAACCUGCACUGGGUGGGAACAGAGGAACCGUUUUUCCUAAAAUCCGUCAACAAGUCCGUGGUGACACUGGGAGUGAAAUGAUGGAAGUGAAACUCUGCAUAGACCUACACUAAGUGAGGGACCUCGAAAUGGAUAUUCUUUAUUCGUUAUGA